CACCGAUCAACCCUGGUCUUGUACUGGUACCUAGCUAUCAAGCUCCCCCGAUCUGCACCCAAAACUCCCCUCCACACAACCACCAUGUCCAAAUCACCAUCCACAUCACCAUCGCGAUCGCCCCACGAUGUUACAUCCACAACCAACAUCCUGGCCAUGCCAAACUCACACACCUCGCACACCAACAACAACGCGCCGGGGAAACCCUCGCAAAACGGCAGUGCAGGGAGAAACGCGCCCUCGAACCCAGACGUCGAGGCGCUGUUUCUAGUGCGCUUCGACAGCAGAGUCGGCUACACAAUCGCCUGGCAGCGCACACGCACCCCGGCCACAGACCUCGACGGUGUGGAGUACAAGGCCCUGCCCUCGGGCCUGCACGCUGUGCAAAACGAUCUCGUGUAUUUCACACAUACCGGGCCUAAAGGGGAGGAAUAUGUCGGGCUCAGUGCGUUUGCGCAGAGUGAGGCGGGGGCUGAGGAGCGUGGGGCGCGGUUUGUGUCUGUGGGCGUGUUGGUUAGGAGGGAGGGCGUUUUGGGGCGCGCGUGGGUGCUUGCGGGGAGGUUGGAGGGCGUUGCGCGGGAACUGGCGGGGGGGAUGGAGGAGCGGGAGGGGGCGGUGUUGGAGCGGGUUUGGGGGGAGGUGCAGGGUGGAGAGGAUAUGCAGGAGGAGAGGGAGGAGGAAGAGUUACCGGAACAUCAUCCCGCGCGGAGUGUGUUACGAUAUGUGGAUGUAUGCGGGCCGUUGGUGUUCAGACUACAACAAGCCGCUUUGCUACGGAAGAGGGUUCUUUUCGUCGGCGGGCCGCCCGUCAGAGGGGUCUGCGAAUUCGUCUACACCCUCACAGUCCUAUCCAGCAUCUCCCCACGCGACACAUCCUCCUUUCUCCCCGGCACAGACACCCUCUUGCGCAUCCCAUCCCUCUUCUCAAUCGGCGUCCACGACAUCCCGCUGCUGGAGACACCGCGCGCUAAACACGGCGGGCACACGGGCGCAGACGAUCUCCCGCCAGAGGGCUGGAUAGCAUGCACGACGGACGAGAUCAUCGCGACGAAAAAACACCUCUUCGAUAUCAUCGUCGACUUCGACGCAAAGGGUAGAUGGCCCUCGAUCCGCACGAGCGAGGGCGACGCCGUGCGUGCUAGUCAACGGGACCUCGCGCGCUGGAAAAUGCUGCGCAGGGAGUUGGCUAGACAUGAGCGGCCGCAACUGUACACGGACGCUGAGCCUGCAGAUGAAGACGCAGAUGGAGACGCCGCCCCCCUCCUCCCCGCCCCUACACAAGACGAAAAGCAAAACCCCGAACACGCAAUCGACGACACAACCGUAGAGCCAAUAACCUGGUCCCACCUCGCCUACCUAGGCUUCAUGUGGUGGGCCAGCGCAGGCGAGAAAGACGCCUUCACCACCGCAGAACGGGACAUGGAUCGCGAGCUCGUCGCGUGCAUACCGCCUCCUUCCCCCUCCCCAUCGCCCAAUACAUCAAAGGCGCUGGAGACGCACCUCAUCGGCUACUUUCACCGUAUGACGAGCGGGUUUGUCAGGACGCUUGCACAGCUUAUACAGGAGGAUGAGGGGAGUGAAGGGGAGGGUGAUGAGGGGGAUGGGGAGGUGUUGAUUGAUAGGGAUGAUGUGCAGAGACUGGGGCUGGAUGUUUGGAGUCAGGCUGAUAGGGCGUUUGUGGGGGAGUUUGCGGAGAUGUAUUGUGGAAGGGGGGUGAGGGUUGUGGGGGGGGAGGUGCGGUGUUGUGGGGUGGGGGUUCCUGUUUUUUAG